GCGCCCGCCCCCGCCAGCUGCAGGCGGCUCCCUGCCCCCGGCCCCGCCCUCAGCCUGCUCGCCCCCCCGGCCCCGCCCACUCGCCCGCUCUUGCUCCAAGCCUGCGGGCUCACGUCUCCGCGCUCUUCUGAGUUUUCCAAUCGCUCCACGCAGUUGUUGCUCAGGAAUGAGGAACCACUUCAUGGAGAGAUGGAGGUGAAGAGCGCUCUAAAGGGACUAAUGCAGUCCCUUCGGAUGAAGAUACAGAAGACCAAGGAAAGAAAGAGACGGGCCCAGGGUCACAGGACAGUGACACUGUUGGGCCAAGCGCUUUCCACCAAAACAAUUGCGGGGAAAACACAAGGACACUCCCUUUUUUCCAACGGUGGAAAAGAUGCUGCUAAGAGGGCUGCUGACUUGCGAGGGAUUUUGAAGAGGGGAGGAGUGAGGGGAGGAGCUGUAGGAGCUGUCUCACACAUAUGCGCGCGCACACACACACACACACACACACACACACACAUACACAUACAGGAACUCGCAGUCUCACACAGACACCCAUGUUCUCCGUCGUCCCAGUUCCAGCCUUCAGUGCUCUCGGGAGGGGCUGCCCUGGGGUUCUGGCUGUAGCCCUCCUGUAUGGCUGCCUCAUUUCUCCUCUCCCUCCCAGAGCCCAGCUGCUGUCAUUUUGUGCCCUGCCGAGGAGGCAGGAACUGCAGUGACAGCAGGAGUGAGAGGCAGGACAGAGUCGUGGGGCACAGAGAGGGAUGGAGAGGGAGAUGCCAGGACCAGGUGACCAUGAGUCCCAGAGAGAGGGCUGAGAAGCAGGGUGAGGGGUGGUGAGAGCCUGGAGGAGAGGUGGGCAAAACCAAGGAGCAGACAGAGAAGGCUUGUGGGUCACAGAGCCACUCAGCCAUGCUGGGAGCAAAGCGACACUGGCCACCAGGUCCCUCACUCAGCCCCGGGCUGACCUUGGCCCUGACACUUCUGGCCCUGAGGACCGGGUGGGCCCAGGAGGGGACAGAGCCAGUCCUCCUGGAAGGUGAGUGCCUGGUGGUCUGUGAGCCCAGCCGAGCUGCUUCAGGGGGGCCAGGGGGAGCAGCCCUGGGAGAGGCGCCCCCUGGAAGAGUGGCAUUUGCUGCAGUCCGAAGCCACCACCACGAGCCAGCAGGGGAGAUCGGCAAUGGCACCAGUGGAGCCAUAUACUUCGACCAGGUCCUGGUGAACGAGGGCGGUGGCUUUGACCGGGCCUCAGGCUCCUUCGUGGCCCCUGUCCGGGGCGUCUACAGCUUCCGGUUCCAUGUGGUGAAGGUGUACAACCGCCAGACUGUCCAGGUGAGCCUGAUGCUGAACACAUGGCCUGUCAUCUCGGCCUUUGCCAACGACCCAGACGUGACCCGGGAGGCAGCCACCAGCUCUGUGCUACUGCCCCUGGACCCCGGGGACCGGGUAUCUCUGCGCCUGCGUCGAGGGAACCUGCUGGGUGGCUGGAAAUAUUCAAGCUUCUCUGGCUUCCUCAUUUUCCCACUCUGAGGACUCAAGCCUUUCAAGGAUGGAAAUCUAGCCCCUGACCCCUGCCCUCUGCCCUCUCCUGCCCCAGAAGUAGCAUCUUUAGGGCAGGAGAGAGACUCCCUCUGGCUGCCUUUAUUCCACGUCCUUGCAUGGGACCCUGUGCCAAACAUCCAAGGUGAAGAGUAGAGCUCUGGUGUCUCGGGACCUGCCCUUCUUAACCUACCCCUCACGGUUGCCUCUCACUGCAUCUCUUUCUGCCUGCACCCCUAGGAUCAGGGCAGGGUUUGGCAGGUAGGGAGGCCUGUGCUACUUUGCAGACUCUGCUCCUCCUGUCCCCCAACUCCAACCCAGCUUCCUGCUCAGUGCUAUUUGGGAACAGGUGGUACAGGUGAGCCUGACAGGCCCCUACAGGGGACCAGAUGGACCAGCCUCAGCAUACCCAGCAGGAUCCUUCCUGUGAGGAGUGCCAGCGUCACAGAGCUCGGCCAGCACAGUCAGAAGCUGAGCCAGCACCGUGCGGACUAGAGCAGGAGGGAGGCUCAGCCAGUAGCAGAACUGUGGGGGGGGGGGGCCACAGAGCAGCCCAGAGCCUGUGGCUGGUGCGGCAGGAAGGGGGCAUGCACCCAGCCUGAGCACAGUAUACAUUUUCCAUGUACAUUGGGGCAGCCAGCAGACGGUGAACCGGGCGUCUAUUUGUGGCAGAUCCCAGAUGGACUCUGGCCCUCAUCUCCCCACCCAAGACAUGGGUGUGUAUGUUUGCUUUAGCCGAGAGUGGGUAUACAGAGGUUCCUUUGGCAGCUGGAGGUGGAGGUAGGUCACAUGUGGGCAAUUGUAGAUCUCCAGGCAUGGAACACAUCAAUGACCGUGGCCCCCUCCUAGAACUGCUCCACCUUUGUAGUCUUAAGUUCAAUCACUUCAUGCUCUGACCACCACCUCCUUCCUCCCAGCUCUCGCAGGGACCUUCACUGUACCUGUCCCACACUAUCCCACAACCUCUCUUCUUUCUCCUGAUUUGUGCUGUCCUAUCCUCCUUAAAAUUCCUUGGAUUCCAUAAUUCAUCCUUUCAACCACUCUCCUGCCAGUAUUAUAAACUCUGUCUCACCUCUCUGUCCCAUUGGCCCAGUAUGGAUGAAUCUAUCAAUAAAGUAAUUAGAGAAUGA